AUGAGUUUUCGGAGCCCUUAUCCAUCAAAUACUGGACGCAAACUGGAUGACCAGACGGCCCAACAUUUAGCAGUGCGUGCGGAGGACAACCCUCCCGCGGCUAGCUCUCGUGACACGCUCGAUAAUGGCGAUACGUCGAUUAUUUUCGAGAUUCUCGGCGUCUGGUCACUCCUACUUUGA